AUAAUUAUUUUGGAGAUACUACAGCAGGUAGUAGCAAUUAAGCUGUUGAACCAACAAGUUCUGUCCCAGUGCUGGUGAUUGUUAUCUUUCCGGUCUGAUAAUACCACGACAAAUUACUAAACACCUGAACGUAAAAAAGUAGUCGUUUGAUUGGUUCUACGAGAAUGACACAGCAAUGGGAAUUGACUAGGGCCGAAAUUGAGAAUAUUACCAAUGAAUUUCAGCGAGUUGGGGAUAACACUUACUUAGAUCAUGUAGGUACCACACUUUAUAGUGAAAGUCAAGUGGAUGCUGUUGCAAAAGUCCUAAAAGAGAAUUUGUUCUGCAAUCCUCAUACAUGUAAGAUAACCGGAGAUUUGGUGGAUCAAGUGCGUUAUAGAAUACUUAAGCACUUCAAUGCUGAUCCGUCAGAAUAUAAUGUUGUGUUUACAGCUAAUGCUACCGCGUCUCUCAAAAUAGUUGCGGAAACAUUUGAUUUCGGCUCCAAAGACAUUGGUAAUUUCUACUACUGCCAAGAGAAUCAUACAUCAGUAUUGGGUAUGCGAGCAUUGGUUGAAACACCCCAUCAAUAUGUGCUUACCAAAGACGAACUGCUAGCUAACCUACAUGCAGAUGUCGACAGACCUAUGGCUCCAUCUGAGGCACAUUCCGGCAACUCAUUGGUGGUAUUUUCAGCUCAAUGUAAUUUCAGUGGCUACAAAAUGCCAUUGGAGGUAAUACCACUUAUACAAAACUAUGGCUUAGUCAACACUGGUGUACAAGUAUCUGGCGAGGGAACAAAAGCCACCAUUGGCAAAGUUAGCAAAUAUUUUGUGUGCUUAGAUGCUGCUGCGUUUGUUGGUACAAGCUAUUUAAAUUGCCAAAACAUUAAACCUGACUUCAUCUGUAUAUCAUUUUACAAAAUGUUUGGCUACCCUACAGGCCUUGGGGCUUUGAUAGUAAGCAAGAGAGGCCAAACUGCUCUAAACAAGCAGUACUAUGGUGGUGGCACAGUAAAUAUUGCGAUGACACGUCAGAAUUUCCAUGAAAAGCGUGAAGUUUUCACAUCUCGUUUUGAAGAUGGAACUCUGUCCUUCCUUGCGAUUGCUUCUGUUCUGGAGGGAUUUCGAACAUUGGAACGUUUAAUACCGGCCUCAAAAUCACAAAACACAAUGGAGCGUAUAAGCUGUUAUGUGUUUCAAUUGGCGCAAUAUGGUUUUGAGAGACUAUCGGCUUUGAAACAUAGCAAUGGUCAACCGCUUCUGAUAUUCUACAAUCACAACGGCUAUCAGGAUAAAAAAUUUCAAGGUGGUGUUAUAACCUUUAAUGUAUUAAAUGAUGAUGGCUCCUAUGUUGGGUUUGCGGAAGUGGCUUGUUUUGCAGCUGUGCAUAAUAUACAAUUGAGAACGGGCUGUUUCUGUAAUCCUGGUGCUUGCCAAUGGUUUUUACAAUUAAGCAACGACGAGAUACGUAAGCAAUACGAGUCUGGUCAUAUUUGCAGUGAUUAUAAUGAUUUAGUAGAAGGUGUACCAACUGGAGCUGUGCGCAUAUCAUUUGGCUAUAUGUCAAGUAAAAAAGAUAUUGACCGCGUUGUUGAGAUGAUUAAAGAGUGCUACCUCACCACGGCCGAAAAACGUCUGGCUUUAAUAGAAGAAUCAAAAAUACCGAAAGCUUUGCAGCAUAUCCCCGAAAGAUUGCGCAUGAGACCUCAUCUUAAACAGAUGUGUAUUUAUCCCAUAAAAUCUUGCGCUGCUUUCAAGAUUAAAGAAUCGUGGUCUCUACAAUCUACAGGUCUACUAUUCGAUCGCUGUUGGAUGGUGGUAGAUGCUACGGGUAUGGCAAUGACGCAAAAACAUCACACUAGGCUAUGCCUGAUAAAGCCAUCCAUUCUCAUCGAAAAGGGAUUGUUGGAAAUUACUUUCCCAAACAUGCCUUCCGUGUAUGUUAACCUAAAUCAAGCUACCGAGAAAAUUGACCCGGUUACUAGCUCAUUUUGCCAAAGUAAAGUAUGCCACGAUUUAGUUACCGGCUAUGACUGUGGAGACGAGGCGGCCCAAUGGCUGUCGGAUUGUUUGGAAACGCCAGGUUUAAGGCUGGUCAGACAAUUCAACCAAAGGAAAUCCCAAAAUGGCGACACCAAAGAUAUAUCAUUGGUCAACCAGGCUCAGUUUUUGCUCAUUAAUAGUGCUUCCGUCAAAUGGUUGUCCGAAAAAGUGACCACCGAAAAGGAGUCAUUGUCAAGCACUAUCGACCGUUUCAGAGCUAAUUUUGUUAUCGAGACCAGUAAAUCGUUCGAGGAAAAUGACUUUGAAUCCCUUACAAUAGGAAAUAUUCACCUUAAAGUACAAAGCUUUUGUACUCGCUGUCAAAUGAUUUGCAUAGACCAACAAACUGGUCAAAAAACUUCGGAACCUUUGCGUACUAUAGCUCGAGAAUUUGGUGGUAAAAUACGUUUCGGUAUUUAUCUCUCACUUAGCCAAGUCCCCAAGGAUGGUGAAGUCCUAUCGUUGCAUGACAACGUAACAAUAAAGAAAAUAUCAAAUAAAUAGUUUAACUA